AUGGGCUGCAAGCGGAUUCGAACGACUGCCUACCACCCGGCGUCAAACGGCCUCGUGGAGCGCUUCCACCGACAGCUCAAGGUUGCCCUCCUGGCUGCUCCCGAAACACCCUGGCCAGAAGUCAUACCGCUCGCGCUCCUGGGGAUCCGUUCCACCUUCAAACCUGACAUAGGCUGCUCCGUCGCCGAGAUGGUAUACGGCACGUCCCUACGCCUCCCCGGAGAUCUCAUUUGCCCGUUGCCAGGCAGCACUGCUCUCUCACCAGCUGACUACGUUUCGCGGCUCCGCCGUACUAUGGCCGCCCUUCGUCCAGCAACAUCUCGGCCCUCGCGUGUGUCCUCGGCCUUCCAGCAUCCCGACCUCGCCUCCUGCACACACGUCUUUGUGCGCUGUGACGCUGUACGGAAGCCCCUGCAAAGUAGGUUCUCUGGACUGUUAAACGUGCUCGCCCCCAAGGCUCGGAUGGUGUCUUCUUCACCAAGUCCAGUUAUAAUGUAUUCAACACAGGCGCGAUCAUCAAGCUUGCAACGUCGCGCUUUUGUCAGUUUGUCGUAG